AUGUGGUCACGGAGAUCUACCUUUAUACGAGUAGAGACCUGGGCACAAGCUCUAUAUUCUCCUUCCUCAAGCAACAUUUACCAUCAUGCUCGCAAGGCUGUCGCCUACGGUGCUAAUCCCAAUUUACUUCUCUUAUUCCUACCGCUCGGUAUCCUAGGCGGAACGCUUCGCUGGAAUGCACUUCUGGUGUUUUUCUUCAACCUCCUGGCUGUCAUCCCGCUUUCAGCCCUGGUCUCGGAUGCAUCGGACAAGCUGUCUGACAGUGUCGGUGCCCUGCUUGGGAGUUUGAUCAAUGCGACGUUUGGAAAUUCUGUUGAAUUGACGGCCGGUAUCCUCGCAGUUGUCAAUGGACGCGUCACAAUCGCCCAAUCAAUCAUGAUUGGAAGCAUACUAUCGGAUAUACUCCUAGUUCUAGGGCUCUGCAUAUUCUCGGCCUCAUGGGGUAAAAACAUAUUGCUAUUCAACCCCACUGUCGCCGACACAUUAUCCUCGUUGAUGAUGAUCGCGACAAUGGCAAUCAUCCUACCAACAGUACUUGCUUCAACACUAGCAGUGCAUCACUCGCAGAUCGAAGAUAGAAUUCUGUCAUUCUCGCGCGGAACUGCCGUGAUCCUUCUCAUUCUCUACAUCACUUACCUUUUUUUCCAGAUGAGAACUCACAAACAUCUUUUCGAGCAAGCGCAGCAUACCAGACAAGAUGAUCCUUCUCAAUCUACUACCCAGCUUGCAAGCCCAUUGCAGAAAUACGCUCCCAUAGCUACUCUAAUCGCGUCUUCAAUCGGUGUCGUCGUGUGCACCUAUUUCGUGUUCGAGAGUAUGUCGAGCACGGCCCACAUAACACAUAUGUCAACUAUCUUCAUUGCGAUGAUCUUGAUACCUAUUGCCAGCAACAGUCCUGAAGGCUCUGCGGUGAUAGCCGUUUCACGUAGCGGCGACAUAGACUUUGGUAUCAGUGUCAUAGUUUCUAGUAUACUCCAAAUCAGUCUCUUCGCCAUCCCCUUUCUAGUUAUCCUAGGCUGGAUCAUUGAGGAACCGAUCACCCUCGAUUUUGGCUCGUUCAACACCAUGAUCUUAUUUUUUGCGGUCGUGAUAGUAAGUUACAUGCUGCGAGAGGGAAGAUACACCUAUAUCCACGGAACCAUGCUGGUGGGAUUCUAUGCCAUCCUGACUGUAGCAUUUUAUUUCCGUUAA